AUGUUUGGUCCUGGUGUGGUCAGAUGCUUAGAAGAUAGAGAUCUACCGGAGAUCUACAAGGCUAGCAAUAUCUCCCAUCAAAAUGGGAAAACGCCACCUCGUGCCAAGGUGGUGCUCCACGUUACAAUCAUGCCUAAGAUUGACUGGGAAUCUGUUAAAGCUAUGCUGCAAUUCCGCUUUCAACGCGCUAUCCCCCACAUCGUCCAGAUACUCUUCGCGCCGCUCUUCUUGGACGGCGUAUAG